CAUUUUUACAUCAAAGAUAUCAAAGGUUACUGUUCUUUACGGUUACAGUUCAUAUCAAAGAAAACAACACAUCAAGUGUAAUAUAAAUUCAAAUGUAUACAUAUUUUUCGCAUAAUUACGUACUACAAUAAUUGCUGUGCUAUAAUGAAAUUUUGUAUAAUUUCAAUCCUAUUAUGUGUUGUUCUCUCAAAUGCAGAAUACGCAUUAGAGAAGAGAAGUGCGCAUUACAGAUUGGUAAGAUAUAUAAUGUCUGAUGCAAACCAAAAUCGAUUUCUGGAUAUUUCAUCUAUAAUAGAUAACUGCAGACGAAAUGGAAUGACGGCAGAAACCCUAAAUAAAUUGAAGGAAACGUUUGAUGAUGUCGAAUUAUGUGCAGGUAAAAAACAAAUAUAUUUUGUGCCAGAAGCUGAAUUCAUACAAAACAUUAAUGACUGCAGCAAAGAAUUGGUCCGACUUAGUAAAGCCUGCUUAAAGGAGAGUCAGGGCUAUUAUCCAGAUUUACUUGUAGCAGCACAAAAUUCAGUAACACACUUUAUGUAUGCUAACAAAGAUGUUGUAAGCUCUAAUGAGGUACAGCAAUGCUACAGAAAAGUAUUGAAAAAUAAUAUAGCCCGUGAUAAAUAUAGGCAAUGUAUUGGAAAAGCUUCAGAAGGAGUCGACAAAGUCGAGAUUCCUCAUAGUAAAGCUGAAGCAUGUCGGGUUCUCAUCAAGAUUUCUAAAUGUCUUCCGCAGAUGUUUACUGACCAAUGCGACGCGUCUUCCAACUUAGAUAAAUUCUUGAAAGCAUACGACGAAGUAAUAGCUGGUCCCUGCUCAGCUUAAAAACAAAAUUGUUUAUUAUACAUAAUACAUAACUAAAUAAAGGAAUUACUGAGUAUCUAUAUUUGUGUUUCAAACUACCUGUUAUUGCAAUUUAAAAAAAAUAAAAUUAUUAAAGCUUA